AGCCACUUUACCCAAAAGUUGUCUGGCCAGUUACCUCCUGGAAGACAGAGCCAGCUACGAGCAGCAGGAGGCUCUCAGAUACUCAAGCAGUCAUGUAUGGGUCAAUCCCGAAGAGUGCUUCCCCAUUUGAGUCUACAGUGCAAGAACCAGGCCUCCAUGUGUGGAGGGUGGAAAAGCUGAAGCCUGUGCCUGUGCCCCCCGAGAGCCGCGGUAUCUUCUUCUCCGGAGACUCCUACCUUGUCCUGCACAAUGGCCCUGAAGAGCAGUCCCACCUGCACCUCUGGAUAGGUCAGCAGUCAUCCAGAGAUGAGCAAGGAGCCUGUGCAGUAUUAUCUGUGCACCUCAACUCCUUGUUGGGGGAGAGGGCCGUGCAGCACCGGGAGGUGCAGGGCAAUGAGUCUGACCGCUUCAUGAGCUACUUCCCCCGAGGCCUCCAGUACCAGGAGGGAGGCGUGGAGUCAGCAUUUCACCGGACCUCAUCUGGAGCUCCAUCCGGCCCCAUCCGGAGACUCUACCAGGUCAAAGGGAAGAAGAACAUCCGUGCCACGGAGCGUGCCCUGAGCUGGGACAGCUUCAACACUGGAGACUGCUUCAUUCUGGACUUGGGCCAGACCAUCUUUGUCUGGUGUGGGGGCAAAUCCAACAUACUGGAACGAAACAAAGCCCAGGAUCUGGCUCUGGCCAUCAGGGACAGCGAACGUCAGGGGAAGGCUCAAAUGGAGAUUGUCACUGAUGGGGAAGAGCCAUCAGAGAUGAUCCAGGUCUUGGGGUCAAAGCCAACCCUGAAGGAGGGCAAUCCAGAAGAUGACCUCAGGGCUGAUCAAACGAAUGCCCAUGCUGCUGCCCUGUAUAAGGUUUCUGAUGCCACUGGCCAGAUGCACCUGUCCAGGGUGGCCGACUCUAGCCCAUUUGCGGUUGAUCUCUUGAUUGACGACGAUUGCUUUGUGUUGGACAACGGCCUCUGCGGCAAGAUCUAUGUCUGGAAGGGGAGAAAAGCCAAUGAAAAAGAACGGCAAGCUGCCCUUAAAGUGGCAGAAGACUUCAUUUCGAGGAUGCGCUACGCCCCCAAUACCCAGGUUGAGAUUCUGCCCCAGGGUCGGGAGAGCCCCAUCUUCAAGCAAUUUUUCAAGAACUGGAAAUGAGCGUUCCUGCUUCCCCUUCUCCUUUGCUUCCCUAGCUCUCUAACCAAGGAUUCCCCGAUGGUUUAUACUUCGCCCUACCAUGGCUGGCCAAUGGUUACCCUGGGCCCCUCACCCACCCAUGCCUUCCUGCUUCCAUCUCUCAGCCCCUUGUGCUUAGUUAUCUUGGUUAAUUAAAAGAAAUGAACUGGA